GAGGCGGGGGGGGGGACAAGCCGAGUCGGAGAGAUCAUGGCGGCACCUCUUGGACGGGACACCCUACCUGACCACUGGUCGUAUGGAGUUUGUAGAGAUGGCCGGGUCUUCUUUAUCAAUGAUAAAAGUCAUAGCACUACUUGGCUACAUCCACGCACUGGUGAACCUGUUAACUCGGGACACAUGAUACGGUCAGAUUUGCCAAGAGGAUGGGAAGAGGGCUUCACGGACGAAGGAGCGAGCUACUUCAUCAACCACAAUCUUAGGGCUACGUCAUUUCGGCACCCUGUGACUGGACAGAUUUCCCCUGAAAACACAGAAUACACACUGCAAGACAGGUUAGAAUCCCGUAUGUCCAAGUCAGCGGCCAAUCAGAGAUCCCCCAGCAUGGUCACAGAGUCCUCCAAGCCUGUGACCUCAGCAGCAGUGGAUGCAACCUCAGGGUCAAAGGGCUCCAGAGGUACGGGGAAAGUACACAGUUUUGGAAAGAGGGAUCAUGCUAUUAAAAGAAACCUCAAUAUCCCAGUGGUGGUGAGAGGCUGGCUAUAUAAACAGGACAGCUCUGGAAUGCGACUGUGGAAACGGAAGUGGUUUGUUUUGUCAGACUACUGCUUGUUUUACUACAAAGAUAGCCGAGAGGAGACAGUGCUUGGUAGCAUCCCUCUGCCCAGUUAUGUCAUUGCACCAGUUGAGCCUGAUGACCACAUAAACCGCAAAUACGCUUUCAAGGCGAGCCAUACAGGAAUGCGCUCCUACAUUUACAAUAAGAACUCUGUGAUUGGCUCACAGGCAGAACACUGCGGGAUGCGGACAUAUUUCUUCAGUGCGGACACGCAGGAGGACAUGAAUGGCUGGAUCCGGGCCAUGAACCAGGCUGCGCUGAUGCAGCAGAGUCACACUAUAAAGAGAGAGGUGGAGAAGCCAAAGAAAGCUGUGCAGCAGGCAGUUCCACAGGCCAACCAUGUCCACAUCAAUCAGAACUCUUCUCAGACAGAGAGCCUUCGCAGGACAGACAGAGAGGAACCACAAGAUAAUGGUAUCCAACUGGCUCAUGGCGACGAGGUGAGGUAUGGAUUAGAAAUCCAAGGGAGGCCCAGCCAGUCAGCCACAGAGGAAAGAGCAGAGAGACUGUCUCCAGAGUUUGUCGAUGGUGUCGCCCAGAAGAACGGACAGCAAACUGUAAUCCAAGUGGCUCUGCCACCAGAACAGAAUGGAAACCUAGUCUAUCAGAGGGGCUUUGUGUCGAGGGCAGACCCUGAGAAACAUGUGCAGAGGAAGAAUACACUGGCUCAGGUGGAGCAGUGGGUCAAAGUGCACAAAGGAGACCCACCGAAGAGUGCUCCUUCUGCUGAAUAUAACCUCCCUCGGCGGACUCCUCCCUUAAAGCCCAAAGCCAGCACAGCGGAUGCCACCUAUCAAUCGUUGCCAAAGUCCCCCCGUCUCCCAUCUGGCAGCAGCUCUCCUGCAGCCACAUGCAACCUGCCCAGUGACUACAAGUAUGCCCAUGACCGGCUCAGCCACUUCCGCAUGUCCACAGAUGAGCGUACGGCCACCAAGGAGGGGAUGGUAUGGCAGCUGUACGAGUGGCAGCAGCGGCAGCAGUUCCGUCAUGGCAGCCCCACCGCUCCGAUAUACACUGGCCCCAACUUCACUGACUCUUCAUCUUUUAGAGUUACUGUGGAGAUGCCACGUUCCAUCUCCGUCCCUCCGUCCCCGUGUGAAGUCCCACCGUCAGUCCCCUCUUCCUUCAAACCCCUGUCCCCUCGCAGGCCUCACACUCCCUCAGACAGACGCACAGUCAGGCCCCUGGAUGAAGUGACACCUGGGGACAGCACACGGUCCAGCUCCCCCGGCCAUAUUUGUGCCCAACUCUCUCAGACUUCCCAAAUAGAGAGAAGGUCCAUGCCAGCCAUGGGCUAUAUCACACACACUGUCAGUGCACCCAGCUUGCAUGGCAAAACGCCAGAGGAGCUGACUCUGCUCCUCAUUCAGCUUCGGAGGCACCAGGCCAAGAUGGCUGGUGUGCAUAGCCCCGGCGAUGCAUUCGCUCACCUGCAGCACCACCAGCACAACGGUCUUCUAGGCCCCAGCAUGCAGGCUGAUGAUACUUACAUACAACUGAAGAAGGACCUGGAGUAUCUAGAUCUGAAGGUGGGCCCCAACAAAGUUACUGGACGUGAGAGUUUAAAAACAGAAAGACCAUCAAGGCCUGUGAAAAUAGCAGAAAGUGAUGCUGAUGUGAAAUUAAGUCGGCUGUGUGAACAAGACAAGAUACUACAGGAGCUAGAGGCCACGAUACGCACUUUGAAGGAGGACAAGGACAAGCUGGAGUCUGUGCUGGAUGUUUCCCACCAGCAGAUGGAGCAGUACAGAGAUCAGCCGGCCCAUGCUGAGAAGAUUGCUUAUCAGCAGAAAUUACUACAAGAGGAUGUGGUGCACAUCAGGGCUGAAAUAUCCCAAGUCUCCACAGAGAUGGAGAACGCGUGGAAUGAGUACAGCCGGCUGGAGAGAGAUGUGGAGUGGCUGAAGUCAGCCCUGCAGGGACAGAUGAACCGCAGCGAUCUCUCUCAGCAAGAGAAAGUCCAGAUCAGAAAAGAGCUGUGGAGGAUUGAGGAUGUUAUUGCAGGCCUCAGCUCCAGUAAAGCCAACUACAAAGUCACUAUCUCCUCUGUCACCAACCCAGAGAGGAAAUUUGUGCCUUCAGUGUCGGCAUCAUCAGUGCCUUCUGUGUCUGGGAGCCCGUCUGCUAUGGAGAUGAGAUUGUCCCAGCAGCAGCAGCAGCAGCACAGCCCCCACCUCAGCCCAAGUAGCCACACCCCCACCCUUUCCUCCAGCCCCAGCCAGCAGCCUUUACGCCACUCUGCAACCAUCACCAGUGGGCUGAAAUGGGGUGAGGAUGAUGUGCCUCCCAGACCUCCUCUACCUCAGCUCUACAGUCCUGACGAGCAUCCCCCUGCUGUGCCCCCGUUGCCCCGGGAGACAACGGUCAUCAGACACACUUCUGUACGCGGCCUCAAACGACAGUCAGAUGAGCGUAAAAGGGACAGAGAGAUUGGCCAGUACACUAAUGGAGACAGUAAGGUGGAACUUAGGCCUUUCCUGAGCGAUCCAGAGCUUAUGGGAGCUGGAGACGGCUCCAGUCACAUCAGCAUAGUUGCAUCUGGACAUGAUGGGUACCAGACGUUACCUAGCAGAGGAGUGGCUGGCUCAUCGCUUAGGCUAAAUCAGUCUUCAAGCAUCUCCUCAUAUGUGACCCUCCGAAGAGCAACCUCAGCUGUCGGCAUGAAGGAGAGACCAAAAAGUGCCUUGGAGCGUCUGUACUCUGGGGACCCGGCGCAGCAGCAGCAGAGGGGGAAGAUGAGUGCCGAUGAGCAGCUGGAGAGGAUGAAGAGGCACCAGAAGGCUCUCGUCCGCCAGCGCAAACGCACCCUGAGUCACGGUGACCGCCAUGCCUCGCCAUCGCCGCGCACCGCGUCCUCCUCCUCGCGCCCGCUUUCAGCAGACUUGGGAUCAUGGAAGAGAGAGCAGGACUUUGACCUGCAGUUGCUCGAGAGGGCUGUUCAGGGGGAGGAGGCACAGGGAGUUAGGAGCGUUCAGGGGGAGGAAAGACCUCCCGAGCACAAAGAGAGACCCCGCUCACACUCUGACGAAUGGCUGACCUUCCGCUCAGUGGCCACAACCCCUCCCACCCAUGAGGUUGACCUGGAGCCACUAGACUAUGACCUGGACCUUAACAAAGAGCUUUCCAAGCCUCAGAAAGUCCUGAUUCCGGAGCGCUAUGUAGAUUCAGAGCCUGAGGAGCCUCUCAGCCCACAAGAGGUAGAGGACCGCCAUCGGAAGGUGGAGCGCAUCAAGAGCAUCUUGGCAAAGUCCAGUGUGCAAAACCUAGCACCGACAGUGACUGUGGACAAGCCGGAGGUGGGGCUGGUGGCACUUGACUCGGCUCUGCAGGAGCAGGAGAGGAUCAUCACCAUGUCGUACGCUCUCGCCUCAGAGGCUUCACUCAAGAGCAAAAUAGUCGCAGCCCAAGCAAUUUCUGGACACUGAGGUGCUAUUCCACGAUGACAACAAACAACUUGAUUCUGCAAAAAAAGAGGAUCUCGUUUGAUUUUGGACAUUUACAAUUUUUCCAUACAGCGGUACAAGAAUUGUACUAAACAUGUAACCUGCUCUUUGAGGCUCACGCAGCAGUGACUUGUUAAAGUAUUUCUAGUUGCUGAGAGCGAAGACUUUGGAGUUGCUGUGCUUAUUAACUAUGGAAGUGUCUAACAAUUAUUGUUAUUAUGUUAAUCUCAUAAUAAUAAAAAAAUAUUUUCUACAUGUCAUUGCACUUUGAAUUGUACACUGUAUCAUGUUUUUCGAGGUAUGACUGAAUUGCUUUUACUUGCAGUGUGAUCUCAACUGGGAACAUAUUUGUUUUUUUUUGUCAGGUACAGAAUGUUAAGAACAAGAGGUACUAAAUGUGUCAUGAUGGUAGUAUUUUUGUCAAAACUCAGAUAAUAUUCUUACAACAAACCACUUGAAAUAUCAUAUGUAUGUACCUGUAGCACUGCCAGUCUCCUUUUAGCUUGCCAAAAUGAAUUUUAUUUUUGCUUACAUCAGGAUGAAAAUAACCUUUAACAUAUUUUCUGUGUGACUGGGGAAGGUUGCACAAUGGAAAUUUAUAAAAAUGUGAAUA